CCAUCUGCUCGCUCCAUCUGCUCGCUCCAUCUGCCUCCAGACGAUCCGGCCCGGCCAGCAAUCCAACCCACACCCCCUCCGAACGAGCCAAGCUCGACUGUGCAUCUCGCCAUGUUUGAGAAGACCCUCACCGAUCUGAUUCGAGGCAUCCGAUCGAACAAGGGCAAGGAGGAUGCCUUCAUUGCCAAGUGCAUUGCUGAAAUCCGACAGGAGAUCAAGCGGGACGACCCCGACCUCAGGGCCAUAGCCAUAUCCAAGCUGGCAUAUCUGCAUAUGCUUGGCUAUGACAUGAGCUGGGCAUCAUUCCAUGUCAUCGAGGUGAUGUCGUCGCCCAAGAUUGCCUACAAACGCAUCGGAUAUACUGCCGCAUCGCAGUCGUUCCGCCAAGACACAGAUGUGCUCAUGCUUUGCACCAAUCUGAUCAAGAAGGACCUGUCGUCCAAUUACUAUCAAGAAACGGCAGUGGCUCUCCAUGGCCUUGCCCAGAUCGUUACUCCCGACCUGGGCCGCGACCUCACCCCCGACCUGAUUGCGAUGCUCACGCACUCGAAGCCGUAUAUUCGCAAGCGAGUGAUCCUGGUCCUGUAUCGCGUGUUCCUGAAGCACCCCGAUACUCUGCGCAUAGCCUUCCCUCGUCUGCGCGAGAGACUCGAAGACCCCGACCCAUCGGUUGUGUCCGCUGCUGUGAGCGUCAUUUGCGAGCUGGCCCGAAAGAACCCCAAGAGCUACCUCCCCAUGGCCCCGCAGCUCUACGGCCUCCUCAACAACUCCUCCAACAAUUGGAUGCUCAUCAAGAUCGUCAAGCUGUUUGCCGCACUUCUCCCGCUCGAGCCUCGCCUCGUCAAGAAGCUUGUUCCGCCUCUGACCUCCCUGAUCCAAAGCACCCCCGCCAUGUCGCUCUUGUAUGAAUGCAUCUUGACAGUCAUCAACGGCGGUAUGAUUGGCGGCCCAGGAUCCGGAACCGAAAACGAGGCCCAGGACAACGCCCUGACUGACCUGUGCAUCGAGAAGAUCAAGCUCCUCAUCGAGGACCGAGACCAGAAUCUCAAGUAUCUGGGACUUUAUGCCCUGGCCAAGCUUUUGCCGAUCCGUCCUCAGGCUGUCCUGGAGCACAAAGACAUUGUGAUUGCCUGUCUGGACGAUUCGGAUGUCAGCAUCCGAUAUCGUGCCCUGGAUCUGAUCUCUGGAAUGGUCACCAAGGGAAACCUGAUCAACAUUGUCAAGAAGCUCCAGGGCCAGCUGACUCUGCUGGACCAUCCCUUCUCAGGCCAGUUUGGCGAGACCGAGGGCCGUUCGCGCGGAUCCAAGGCCGCCGUCACCGACGCCAAAUACGAGCGCGAGGUCAUCAACAAGAUUGUCAAGAUCUGCUCGCAGAAUAUGUACGAAAAUAUCACCAACUUUGAGUGGUACAUUGGCGUGCUGGCCCGCCUCGCCUAUGUACAAAGCCAGAGCAUCGGAGAGCUCCUCGCCAAAGAGCUUAUCGAUGUCACUGUCCGCGUGCGGAACGUGAGACAGUUCGCCGUCAACUGCAUGGUGACUCUCUUGGCUGACAAGAUCUUGCUGGAGACUGCCACAGACGAGAACACUAACGUCGGUGUGCUCAGCGCUGCGGCUUGGAUCUGUGGCGAGUACAGUAGUCUGUUGUCGUCCCCUCCGACUGUUCUGCACAACUUGCUGGACCCUGCUGUCCUGCGUCUGCCGCACGAGAUCCAGGCCGUCUACGUGCACAACAUCCUCAAGAUAUACACUAGCUGGUCCAGAUCGCUCGACACUGCCCAGGUUUCCCACGAGGACUUUGUAUCGCUCACUGGUGCAGUCGUUGCCGGUCUCAAGGAGUUCAGCACCAGCCUGGAUCUGGAGGUUCAGGAGCGGGCCACCAUGUCUUUAGUCAUUCUCAGUGACAUUGAUCUUGGCGCUGCUACCGACGAGUGGGCCAUCCCACCGAUUCUCACCGAAGUCAGCAGCCUCUUUGCGGCCGAGCUGAACCCAGUGGCCCCUCGCGCUCAGCGCAAGGUUCCUGUUCCCGACGGCCUUGAUCUUGACACUUGGAUCUAUCCACCUGUUGCUGAAAAGGCCGUGAGCGACGAGGACGAGCUCAGAGACGAGGAUCUCGAGGACUCGGGUGACGAACUUGGUUUCAGAGCCUAUGCCGAGCACACCAAAAAGAAGAGUUCGGCCACCCGGGCAUCCGAUGCCGAGGCACGCAAGGCUUCUGCACAGAGAAAGAAGCAAAACGACCCAUUCUAUCUGCCGGCAUCGACACCCACUCCCCAGAAGGAAACCGCUUUGGUCGAUGAUCUCGACCAAAGCGUGCCGAUCGUUGACCUGAAGGAAGUGCUGGGGGCGGCCAAGCCCAAGAAGACAAAAAAGACCAAAAAGUCUGUCGCGGAGGCGGCGAGCCCUGUUCCUGCGCAGGUCUACGAAAUCAACACCCAGGUCGAGCUGCCGGAGGGCGUCACCGAGGCUGAUUUGGAGCACGACGUCACGCCGCCCAGCCAGUCCAUCGACGACGACACAGCUGCAGUCAUGAGCGUGACCCUGGACUUUAGUACGUUCUCCAGCCGCGGCACUGUCGCCCCCGCUACCCUCCCCGACAGCAAGGGCAAAGUCAAGGCGAGCAAGAAGAAGGCUGCUGCGACCAAGGACGAGGUCGCGCAGGUUACCAGCCAGGUCGACGACCUUGUCAUCACCCGAAAGAAGGUCAAGAAGACCCAGAAGGUGUCGACAAGCGUUGUUGCAUCGGCUCCCGAGUCUGUCUCCACGAGCCAGGAGCAGAUUCAGGAGAGCGUGGAUACAUCCGCGGCCCAAGCCAAGCCGCCCAAGCCAAAGAAGAAGAGCCAAGGCCAAGGCCGAGAACAGAUCACGGCUGAUGCUACCGAGGGCACCAAGCCCAAAGCCAAGAAGGUGUGUCGCCGAGCCGGCGAGUGUGGUCGCCAGACAGAGUGACUGACUUGUGCGUUGGGGCGCGGCAACAAAUGGGUUGUGAGGGAAUGGAAAUCCACGUCAGCGGGAGAUCACGGGCGGAUGGUGGCAUGUUAUCGAAGAACGAUGCGCGCUGGGCCGUCCAAGGAGGUCGUUGGCUGG